AUGUCUUCAGCGCACGGCAAUGGAGGGAAGAUCAGGUUGCCCGGGGAUCUUGGAGCGAAAGACCCUAGACGGCCCAAAUCGCCCGCUGCUGCGACUUUGCCUGGUGAUUUGGGACCCAACGACCCGCGAAGGGCAAAGUCGCCAGAUCCUAGGAGCGCAACCACGAGUCCAGCACCUGAACCUUCCUCCCCUGCCCAUCACAGGAGGCAUGCCAGUGAUGAUGGCGGCGUGAGACUACCGGAAGAUCCGCCCGAGGACCGCUCGGAAGAUAGACACGAGAGCGAUGACGACGCAGACGCCGACAACGACAACGACACCGAUCAGGAUGCAGAUGAGAGCCAACGAGGUCGAGGUAGGAAGCGACCAGAACCUGGCCGAACUACAGCUGGAAAGGCGGUGAACUUGCGAGACGAUAGUGAAGACUCGCUCAGAGGAUCCGAAUUUUCUGCAACGAAGCCUGACCCGACCAAAGGCGAGAGCAUGAUCCAAUUCAAGAAAGACGCGAAACGGCGAAUCUAUAGUCCCGCGACGGGCAAGAGGCGCGUGCAUCCGUCUACUGCGUUCGACGCAUCUACACCAAUGCACUCGGAUGAUGAGUCCCAAUCAGAACUGCGCGCGGCACAGAAGCUGAAGCUCACCAUGUCCGCGAUCCACAGUACGCCCUCCGCACAUCGGGUCAUCCGGCAGAUCAUCCGCGGAGACUUUGAACAACUACAGCAGGAAGCCGAAGACGGCAGGAAGCGGCAAAGAAUGUACCUGGUGGCAACCGACCUCUCCCCCGAAUCCGAAUACGCUCUAGAAUGGACCAUCGGCACAGUCCUGCGAGACGGAGACACCCUCUUCGCCGUCUACGCCGCGGACGAGGAGUCCGUUGGCGCAGGUGGGGAAAGCGGCGGCGGCGUGGAAGUCGGCCAUGGAGCAGAGAGUGUCAUGGACACAGCAAAGAUCAUCAAGGGCCUCCCCGCCAUCCAGCAAGCGCCCAGCUUCGCCGCGCCUUCACCCCUCGGCAGGAGCAGCCUGGGAGGCUCCAAUCCCGACCUCUCCGUCCGCAGCCGCAGCAGAGGCGUCUUCUCCUCCGCAGACUCCGAACGUCGCAAAGCGCUCGAGAACAUCAGCGAACGCUGCGUGCGACAUCUCCGCAAGACUCGACUGCAGGUCCGCGUUGUCGUGGAAGUCUUCCACUGCAAAUCACCCCGGCACAUGAUUACCGAAGUCAUCGACUUCUUAUCCCCGACUAUGGUCAUUAUAGGAUCGCGAGGCCGUAGUGCUGUGAAGGGGGUCCUGCUGGGCAGUUUCAGCAACUAUCUGGUCACGAAGAGCUCGGUCCCGGUCAUGGUAGCCCGAAAGAAGUUGCGAAAGCAUUCGAAGCCCGCGCGGAACAAAGACGGUCUCGCGGUGCCGUACCAGGGAACUGGAAGGGCUGGUCGUCUGACCAACGUGAUUGAGAUCCCUAGAAAGGACGGGCUUCGAGUGAAGGGAUGGGACCAGGUGGGCAUCGACUAA